AUGCUUCAAUCCAAGGAAAUUGUAGCUAUAGUGGCUAUCUCCAAGUCUGGGGAACCCCAGCCCGAAAUUCAGGCGGAUAAAACCCACCGAUUUCCCGUGAUCGAGCAAAGCUUAGAGUUAAUGAAGAUAACGCUACACAUGACCGUUGCAUCAAUCUCAUUUAUGCGUGGAUUGUUGCCCAAGGAUGCCUUUGGCGAGCGGGCUCUGCGAGUAAACCGUUUCCAUGAGCGCUAUACCUAUUCCCAUUUUAUAAACGGGAAGAGCAAGGGCAAUUUCGCACGUAACAGAUCAGAAUAUGUUCCUGUAUGUGUGAUUGAAAGACACAUGAGUGAUGAAGCCGACCAACUUCUCGACCUUCUAGAAAAUGGCAUUUUCGAUGCCCUACUAAAAGGCAUUCUACAUGCAGUCCAGUUUACUGUCAUUGCAGAUAAAAGCUCACCAAACAAGGUUCUUGAAUCUUAUACCUUCACCUUCGACAAUUCCGGUGAGCGCGGCCCCGCAGAUCGCAUAACCAAUGGUUUAAGAACGGAUUUUGUCAGCCCCCUUGAGGAUCGAGCGAGUAUGCGUAAUAUGAUUUUUGAAGGGAAAGCCCUGAUCCGUCGGUUGACCACAAUGUGUGCUGAAAGCCCGGCAUUACCUAACAAGCGCAGCUUGGGAAUACAUGUCUUCUACAAACCGGAAUGUCCGGAAUCUUACGAUAUGCCUGGGUUUGAUGAUUCCCAAGACGACAUCAUUGAAUAUCCGCGGACUUCAUACUGGAAGAGGACGAAGCGGUUUUACGGAAGCGUUGACAGCGGUUUUCACACACUUGGAUUGAGAGUGAAUUCUCUUCUUUCUACCUCGCCCGGUGGCGAGGCUCACUUCCCUUCGACGGAGGAGGCGAUUGACGAUGCAGUGCUCCGUUCAGAGGAGGUCGGGAUUCCCACGCUUGCUGAAAUGCCGCUGGACGUAGUUGGGGAGGUUUAUCUCUCCACCGAUGAAAGCACUUCCAGCGACACCGAUGAUAUAGGAAGAUCCAAGGAAGCCAUGGAAGCAAUGAAGCUUGAAUAUAGGCCCUCUAAGGGUACAUUGAUAGAGAGAAGGGAAAGGUCCAGAGCAUCACACCGAUAUACAUCGAAGCAUGUGAACAACGUAAUCUUCUUCAAGCAAGAAGACGUGGAAGCUUAUCAGUCUGAGGUACACGCAAAGGCUCAGUUAUGGGCUCACUCCGCUCCAGAUGACACUUCAGAUUUAUUCAAGAAAAAACGCCCUCUACGCUCGAGAAGAUCAAAGAUACCUCUUGGUGAACCAGAGGAGGCAGCUUAUGCAACAUGUCCCAUUAGCCGUGAUGGACUCCAUCUUUCUAAGACUCGUCGACAGGCUCGAAGAAACUUUUACCCGGCUGUAUACAUUCGUCGCUUGCAGGCUGCAGGUCCGAAACCCAUUGUCACACCAAGAACGAUAGACUAUGUUAAAAACCGCUCCGAUGACGCCAGGAUGCCAGAGGAAGAGAAUAUCGGUGGAAAAGAAGACCUGCCAAAUAGAGGAAUGACUGAUAAAAGACACAAGGAUUGCCGUUAUCGGUACUGCAGCGACGACGAGGCUCGCGCAAUAUCUCACAGUCUCCGGAAACUUGGAAUUGUGAGAUCAAUGAACUACAAAUGCUCAGGAUUCCUCCAUAAAUUCGGCCACCCCAAGUUCAUUCUCAACAAGACAGUCACAUCCUCCAAUACUAUUUACGAUGAAGUCUUGGACCCGAUGCUACUCAUUCGAGAAUAUGAUCUAACUGCCGAGAAGUACGAAGUACCCCCUCCUAACCCCCAUCAAAUGACCCGCACACAUUGGUCGGGUUCUGGUGUACCGAUCGGGGGGAAUUAUACAGGUGAGUCCGACGAGGAGACUAAUACGAUCGACCCGCGGUGGUAG